AGAGAAAUAUGAGCAGGAGCGAGGAAGAAGAGAGGAAAGCUACCGUGAGCAGAUAGGAUAUCAACACGCAUCUACCAACCCCUCGCACCGUUCUCUUCCAAUUCACAAUCAGAACCAGAGAUCAGAACCCUUCCCCACCAUUUCUCCAUUUCUCUCGGGGAUAUCGUCCGUUCCCUUGUUAUUCGUAUACCCAUAAUUGCCUUCAUACUCCCCUUCCUUUUUUGUUUCUUAUUUUUAUACAUAACAUGCUUUCUCUCCUCAUUUAUCGUCUCCAUGAGCUUCAACGCUAAAGUGCGCUGGGCUCGCUCUCCCCACCCAAACCAUCAUCCUCACCUUCGUCCUCUUCUUCUUUCAAUUCUUGAUUAGGUUUUUUUUUUUUUUUUUUCAUAUAUUUUUUGGAGUGGGUAAGGUCUCUGAUGGCUGCGGGGGUUUGGGAGACGGGGAUCGUUCUUUUACUGGUCUUCGGGAGGCUAACCUGCGCCGAACCCGUUAGGGUUUCCUUGUCGCCCGUCUGCCCCACCGAGUCGGUUGCCGAUUCGAUCUCCGGUUUUAGGGAUUCCCAUUGCCCGGUUAAUGAGGGCGAUGGUUCUCUUGAUUUCGUUGGUGUUACCGAGGGAGAUGAGGUUUCACUGCAAAAGGCACUGGAUAUGGUUCACAAGAACACUCAUGAAUAUGUGGCUGUUCUGUUCUAUGCAUCUUGGUGUGCUUUCUCUAGAACUUGUAGACCAACCUUUUCCAUUCUUUCUUCCUUGUAUCCCUCCAUGCCCCACUUCGCAAUUGAAGAAUCAGCUGUCAGACCAAGCAUACUCUCAAAAUAUGGAGUUCAUGGAUUUCCUACUCUUUUCCUUCUCAAUUCUACUAUGCGUGUACGUUAUCAUGGCUCCCGGACUCUUGGUUCCUUCAUCGCUUUCUAUGGUGAUGUUACUGGUAUGAAGACUGAACCAUUGGAACGAGCAUCACUGGAGAAAAUGGCGAGUCCAUCACAUCAUGCAAAACGUGAUAAUAGUGAGCAGGAAAGCUGCCCAUUCACAUGGGCAAGAUCUCCAGAAAAUUUGCUUCAGCAGGAAACAUAUCUGGCAUUGGCUGUUACAUUUGUGGUUUUAAGGUCGCUCUACUUCAUUUUGCCAGCUUUGCUUGUGUGCGUUCAAUGUGCCUGGAGAAGGCACCUCCAAUACACGAGCUUGGGAGGCCUGUGGAGCUUGUGGGAGUAUCCUCUUACCUAUCUGAAUCGGGCAAUUCAAUUAUUCAAUUCACUAAAAGAACCUUGUAAGAGAAGCAAUCUGCAGGAGGGAGCAAUGAAUGCCAGAGCAUGGGCUUCCAAGUCCCUGGCCUCAGUUUCGAUUGGGGAUGGGAGCACCAGCCGGGUGGUGGCUAGUAAGUGAGAGGAGAGCAAACUGAUUUUUUCCCCAAUGGCAGGACCGAUAUUUGGAACGUCCCAAGGUUUGGUUGCAAUAUCUGUAAUGUCAAUGAGGAGUUUGUUCUAUAGAAUGGUGUUAUGUUUGACAACCCCGCAUGGUGUUUUAUGUGUGGGGGGUUAGAUGUUUUGUGAUGUGCAGGGGAAAGUGAUUCCUGGAUAUGGCUAUUGGCUAUUCUAUGUAGUAACUAGUAAGUAGUAACCCAUUUCUCAUUAUAUUGUAGGUUACAAUUUCACUUUA